UAGUGAAACUAGUUGAUAACUCAUACACAAAAGCGCCGGUCAAAUAAACAUCUCACUCUUCAAUGGCCAGACUAUCAGCUAUUUUGCGAUUAAAAAGACUCAAUUCCCUCAAGGGAAUUUAUUUGAGAUCUACGACUAAUUUGCCGAAUAUUCCGAACUACCGAGAUUAUCAUAGUCACGAUGGAGCUCAAGAUUGGUGGGAAAACCGAAGGAAUAAGAGAUAUCUCUUACUAGCAACUGGAACAAUUGCAGGAGCACUUCUUACAUGGGCUACAGAAAUUGGAGAUUCUUCUGUGGAAGCUAAAGAAAAAUAUGAUUCGGAUAUAGAGAAUCAUCACAAAACCAUCCGCAAAGACUUGCCAACGUACAAAAUUGAGGAAAUUUCUGAGCACAACAAUGAGAAGACUGGCAUUUGGGUAACAUAUGGCAUUGGCGUGUAUGAUGUGACUGAUUUUGUGCCCAAGCAUCCAGGAAGUGACAAAGUGAUGCUCGCCGCUGGAGCUGCAAUUGAUCCCUUCUGGCACAUUUUCCAGCAGCAUAACACUCCAGAAGUUCUCACACUGCUUGAAUCUUUCAGGAUUGGUAAUCUCAAUCCUGAGGAUCAAGUCAGUACCAAAGAUAUGGGCGAUCCGUGGUCAGGAGAACCACGAAGACAUCCCAUCCUGAAGCCUGCAGCUCAGAAGCCUUUCAAUGCUGAGCCUCCUCCAUCUAUGUUGAUCGACAGCUUCAUAACUCCAAAUGAAUUCUUUUACGUGAGGAACCAUUUGCCUGUUCCAGAGAUCGACGAGAAGACUUAUGAGCUUGAGUUUGAAGUGGAAGGAGUGAAGAAAGUGACCAAGAUGACAAUGAAGGACCUCAAGAAAUUGCCUCGUCACACAGUCACUGCAGUUGUUAUGUGCGGUGGGAAUCGUCGUAGUGAAAUGGAUUCUGUGAAGAAGGUGAAAGGGUUGUUUUGGGGACCAUCAGCAGUGGGAAAUGCUGAGUGGACUGGAGUUAAAUUGUGUGACAUCCUCAAUAAACUUGGAGUCAAAUCUGAUGAAGUGAGGCAUGUGCAUUUUGAGGGACUCGAUACCGACCCAACAUCCACCUUCUACGCAGCGUCCAUACCCCUGGCAAAGGCCAUGGAUCCUCGAGGAGACGUUCUGUUAGCGUAUGAAAUGAAUGGACAGCCACUCAGUAAAGAUCAUGGCUUCCCGGUGCGAGCUAUCGUUCCUGGAACAGUUGGGGCGAGGAAUGUCAAAUGGCUGGGCAGAGUGUACGUUUCCAGUGAAGAGAGUGACUCACAUUGGCAGCAGAAGGACUACAAAGGUUUCUCACCGAGUACUGAUUGGGAUACAGUGGACUUCUCAAAGAGUCCUGCUAUCCAACACAUGCCGGUGACUUCAGCGAUUUGCUAUCCAACGCCCGGAGAGAAAGUUAAAGUGGAAAAUGGGCACAUUACCGUGAAAGGUUAUGCAUGGUCGGGUGGAGGAUGCCGAAUUGUGAGGGUGGAUCUGACAUGUGACGGUGGGAAUUCAUGGCAUGUGGCUGAACUUGAGCAGGAAGAUUUGACAAAGGCACCAGCUGGAAGAGCCUGGAGCUGGACACUCUGGACAGCAAAAAUUCCCGUUCCGAACAAAGCAAAGGAAGUGGAGAUUUGGUCAAAAGCUGUAGACUCCAACUACAACGUACAGCCAGAAAGCUUUGAGAAUAUCUGGAAUCUAAGAGGAGUCCUAAGCAAUGCGUACAGUCGUGUAAAAGUGAAAAUUUCAGGGUAAUUCACAUAUCAAUAUCAGAUGAGGAAUAUGAAGAGAAAUCUUGAGUUUGUGGGAAACAUCAAUAAAUAGUAAUACUAUCUAUGUUUCUUACCAUUGUGGCGCUUAAAAAAAAUUCUUAUUGUCAGUUUGUGGUAAUAAAACUGUUGGGAAACGUGGAAAA